AUGCCAAUGGCGGCCCCGGCCGGCGCCGGCGAGCCCGCCCCGCGCGCGGAGGCGGCCGGCUUCGGCUCUGUCUCUGGCUCCAACUACAUGCGGCCGCGGCGGGGGCCGCCGCCCCCGUCCCCGUCCCCCGUGGUCGGGAAGCCGCUGCCGUCGGGCGCGGUGCCGCGUCACGCGUUCGUGUUCGACGGCGAGGGCGGCUUCUCCGAGGCGCCCUGGGGCCUGGGCCUGGCGGCGUCCGGUUCGACUCGGAUGCGGCCCGGGGAGUUCACGUGGCACCACGUGGAGCUCCCGCGCUCCGCGGCCAAGCUGCUCCACCACGCGCAGGCGCUCAUCGAGCUCCUCUGCCCCCCGCUCACGCUGCAGGAGAUCCUCGCGUUCGUCGCCACGGGCCCGCACUGCGCCUCCUCCUCCUCCUCCGGCGACGGUGGCGCAGGCGCGCUCCUGCUCCGCGUCAGCUCGCCGGGCCCCGCCGGCAGCGCGUACGCGCUCCGCCUCGCCGUGCGCAUCACCGAGAGCUCCGUCGUCACCGUGUCCGUCGGCGGGGUCCCGCGCCUCGCGUUCGGGACCAGGCAGGCGUCGCUCCUCUCCGAGGUGCCGCUCGGCGUCGUCGCCGCCUCGCUCUCCGACGAGGGACACGGCGGGGGACGCGCCGUCGACGGCGGCGUCGUCAUCGAGGAGCGCCUGCUCGAGUCGCUGCUCGCCAUGAACCACGCGGACGGCGCGCACACCGACAACCCGGUGCCGCGGACGGUGUCCAACCUCCUCGUGCACGUCCUCGGCACGCACGUAGACCACGUCCACGACAUUGUCACGCGCCUCGAGAUGGACCUGGAUGCCAUCGAGCUGCAGCUCGACAAAGGUGGUCACUUUCUGAGGAAACUUUUGCUGGAUGGAAGGAGAUUCCCCAAAAUGCAUCUUGAUCUACAGCGGUUGCUUCAGGUUGUUUCUCACGGUGAACAGGUAUUCCCCCGUGUGAAGGAAAAAUGUGCCAGCAAGAGUUGGUUCGCAACUGGAGAUAUAGCAGCCCUUGAAGAUCUGAUAGGUCGCCUCAGAAGGCUCAAAGAAAACCUAGGAUUCAUUACAAAUAGAGUUACCACACUUCAGGCUAGUCUGGACAGUUGGCAAUCAGAACAGAUAAAUAAAAGCUUGUACUACCUUUCAUUUCUCUCCAUAAUAUUCCUUCCUCUUUCCAUUGUCACUGGAGUUUUCGGGAUGAAUGUUGGUGGCGUGCCAUGGACUGAGCAGAACAAGAACCCUAAAAACCGGGAUGGCUUCAUGAAUGUCAUGCUGAUAUGUGUUGUGAUCUUGUUACUUCUGUUGUUAUGUUUCUUGUUUCCUUCAUUAUAUUCUCAUGUGACGGCAUGGAGAACUCGCCGUGAACUGACCCGGAGCAAUUCUCAGAACAAGAGACAUCUGAAACUCUUCAAAGGUCACAAAGAAGGUUACAUGCGCCUAUGA